UGAUUUGGGUCAUACCAGGGCUCUGUACAGUACAAUGAAUCAUACGUAUCACGGAUUGCGUGCAUACAACAUUAACAUCAUGGAAAGGGAGCGGACCAGUAUUCUCAACGCGUUUUAACAACCAUGGAUCUUAACGAUAUACCCAACAAACGAGCCCUCUGGGUUCCAGAAUACGGCAAGGAAAAUCUAACCCUUAGGAUCCAAUAGGCGGAGAAUCCAAAUUCUGUAUGACGUUGUUGACGCCCGUGAGCAUCUUUCGAUAUUUCAGGAGAAGCCUGUAGUUGGACCAAAGCGAAGGCAGCUAAAAGUAUGCUGUGGAGUGUGAAGUGUGAUGUGAAUAGGCCUGUAAGAAAUUCUCUGUUUAAGUUGGCGUAGUGCAUGUCAUAUCUCUCGGCAAGAGUACUUUUGUAUCUGUACAUCGCAGUCCGCGCUCAUUGUCGGUGUUGACAAGAUGUAUAUGGAUAUAGUGAAAAAGUGAAGUAAUCUAAAUGCCGUUUGAAUUCUGAGAAGAAAGAAAUGGCUUUGGAUGGAACGCCAUUUUUGGUUCAAGCUGUUUAUUCAUUCAAAGGCAAGAACAAUGAUGAGCUGUGCUUCAAGAAGGGUGACAUAAUCACUAUAACUCAAAGAGAGGAAGGCGGUUGGUGGGAGGGAACACUUGGAGACAAAACUGGAUGGUUCCCCUCCAACUAUGUAAAGGAGUAUAAGAUUCAAGAAGUAAGUUCCUUGGCUGGUAAGACCUCCUCACCUACAAAGUUACCUCCAGAGCUUGUAGCUCAGCAGAAGGCAUACCGAAAUUUGGUCCUGAAAGAUCUGAUAGAUUCUGAGAAAGCUCAUGUUGCUGAACUUCUAGGAUUACUGAAGAAUUUUCUACAUCCAUUGGAGAAAUCAGAAAUUUUGACAAGAGAAGAGUAUCGUCAGCUUGUGGGAAACAUUGGCAAUGUUGUGGAGAUUCAUCAGCAGUUGCUGUCUACCUUGGAGGAGUGUAACCAGAGGCCAGUUGUGGAGCAACGUGUGGGGAAAGUGUUCCUCACUUCUGCCCCUCACAUUAAGCAGGUUCACCAAGCUUAUUGUGCCUCUCAUCCUAAGGCAGUCUGUAUUCUUGAUAAAUAUAAGGUAGAAUUGAAUGAUUUUAUGGAAUCACAAGGUGCUGCAAGCCCAGGUCUUCUUGUUCUGACGACAGGUCUGAGUAAACCAUUUCGUCGCCUAGAAAAGUAUGCAGGGAUGCUUCAAGAAUUGGAACGACAUGUUGAAGAGAAUCACCCUGACAGGGGUGACACUCAGAGAUCAGUCAGUGUGUACAAAGAUAUAGCAUCUUCAUGUUCUGCCACACGUCGGCAGAAGGAGUUGGAGCUGGAAGUACUAACAGGUGGUGUCCGAGGUUGGGAGGGAGAGGACUUAUCUUCUCUUGGAGAAAUUUUACAUAUGGGCUCUGUAGCUAUUUGUCCAGACCAUAGAGACCGCUACUUGGUUCUUUUCCCUUCAACUUUACUUAUGCUCAGUGUUAGUCAGCGGAUGAGUGCCUUCAUAUAUGAGGGAAAAUUGCCUUUAACAGGAAUAAAUGUUACAAAAUUGGAAGAUACAGAAGCUUACAAGAAUGCAUUUGAAGUAACAGGUACCAUGAUCGAGCGAAUUCUAGCAGUGUGUCAAACGAAAGACGACCAGCAUACAUGGGUAGAACAUUUGAAACAACAGAUCCGUACAGUCCGAAAGUCUUCUGUGUCAUCUCCGUCUCCAGCCACUUCACCACCACCUGGCAAGCCUCAGCCUCUGCCUCCACCUCAUAUGUCACCACUGACAGUUCCACUGUCAUCUCGUGUAAGUGUGCCACAGCCAAGCAGUGUGAGGCCCAUACAUCAACCAGUUAACAAGGGCUGGAGUAUGUCUUGUUUGCGUCCCUCUCCCCCACUCCGCCCCUGCCUAGCUCUUGGUCGUGAUGACAAUCAUAGAAAGUCUGGACGCAGCUCUAAGAAACAGACUGAAAGAAGUUAUGAAGAAGAUGCUCAGAUUUUACGUGUUAUUGAAGCUUACUGCACAAGUGCCAAAACGCGAUACACUGUCAAUUCAGUGGACCUGGGUCAUCUAUCUCAUUGUGGUAAUGUACUGUUGCAUGACACUGCAGUUGCAGACACUGAUACCCAUUCAGCACAGUGUGGUAAUUGCAAAUACAGACACACUCAAGCACGUGCUUCCACCUGGUGCUGUGGCAAUUUUGUCAUCCGCACACUUAGAAAGACUCAUUUUGAUUAAUUCUGCCCUCCAUCCAACCCCACUUUUGUUAUAACAGUUUGUAUUUUUUUUUUUUUUUUUUUUUUUGAACUAUCACAUCUGGAAUUUUUAUGAACUGUGCUUUGUUAUGAAACAUACUCAAAUUCUCAUAUUGUUUGGGAAAAGUAACAUCCUUUCAGCCUUUGCAAUCUAAGUACCUGUUUUAUUUCACUUUCUGUUUUGGGCUGGUAGGAUACUGUUUCUAUGGGAAAGAACUUUUUGUUCAUCAUACAUUUGUAGGCAUUUAUAUUGAUAACACUAAUACUUUUUCAGAAACAUCUUGUGUGUGUCAUUAUAUAUAAUGCAUCAUUUGUCUGUGUUGUAUUGGUCAAAGAAGUAGCACUAUGCUUGAAUGCCUAAAUAGACUUCUAGUUCAAGAAAUAUCCACACUCACUCUCUCCCUGACUUACUUUACGGUGCAGGAAAUUCUUUGAAAAGUUGAUUGUAUUCUCGGCUUUUCAAAGAAUAACUUACCACAAAAGCCUGCCAGGCUCUGUCCUGAGCUAGCUAUCAUGAAACAUCCAAAUAAAAGAAAUUUACACAAUGAUUAUAGAAGUUAGAUAACAGCCUACAUUAUGUAUGUAUUUUUGGGCAAUGAAUAGCAUUUGGAAAAAGCAGUGAAACUUAGAUUUGAGCAUAAAAAAUGCCUGUAUGAACAUGUAAAAGUCCUUUUUGUUCUGCUUCAAUCAGAUUUUAAGCUGCAGUUUUGUGGUUAUUUUCAUAUAACGGUAUCAGAUAUAAAUAUAUUUAUAUGUGGCUACUGAGUAAUACAGUGAACUUCCCUCUGGAAAUACUGUCAUAUCCCAGUUUCCUUCAUAGUUCCAGUAAGAGAGGGAAAUGGAAUAAAUUUACCAGAACAGAAAUAAUAGAUGCACUAAAGGAGUAAGAACACAACAUAUUUCUUUCAUUUCUCUGAAUUUUUAAAAGUUUCAGCAGUAGUAAUCUGAAUGAAAGCUGGAAGUGUAAAAAGUAUUUUUCAGCUAUUUUUUUUUAAUUCUGUAUAUAUGUAAAAUUUUACUUCAUCUGGCUAGUUUAAACUCUCUUCCAUACAAUAUAAUUAAUUAUGUAUUAUAUUUGGUUCUCUGGUCCAUGUGAUCAGAAUUUUGAAUUUAAAUCCCAGUCUUUAAUAAUAACAUAACAAAAAUCUCUGAUGUAAUCCCUGCUUAGUUUUAAUAUAUCUCCUUGGGAACUCAACCAUCACAUCACUGUUCAUUUUUCCCAUAAAAUUAGCAUUAUUUUAACAUAUCUGGAUAAUGAAUAUUAUUAAUUUGUUGUGCUAAAUAAGUUGCAUGGAUUUUUAUGCUUGUAGUUUUUCAAUUUUUGUGUCAAAACGUUUUUAUGUAGCAUUUUGUAGGCAAAUUAAGGUAAUUGUUUCAGUCCUAGGAAGCUGUGUUAAGUGUUGUUUUAAUUAGUUAUAUUUGCCCAACCAUACAUCCACAGAGAGUUUGAAAAUCUGUAAGUUCUUCAGCAGGCAAAGACUUCUAGGAGCUGAAACCACUUUGUAGAAGAAGUCACGCUGUCACAAGAAUUAAUAAUUUAAAAUGAGGUAACAAGUGCUGUUGUAAUUUUCUUAAUUUACAUAUCCAAGCACAUUAGAGAACAAAAAGAAUUAUUUUGUUAUUAAAAUGACUGUGUAUACAUUCAACAUUAAUAAUACUAGUUUUAAAUAUUUUAUUUACUUAUGUGAAUGAAUAUGCAUGAAGAGAAGCAGACUUUUUAAAAGAAUAACUGGAAAAUUUAUUCGUCUGAUUAUAUUGCCAUCACACCUGUAAAUAUUCGCAAGUUUUUAUGCAUUUUCAUGUACUUUUAUUCACUUAUUCAAAUUUUGUAUUAAAGUCCACUUAGUAAUAUAGUAUAGUGUAAAUUAUAGCUUUUUUCAUGGACUUGAAAACAAUUUAGUGUACAUCUGAUUUUUAAUUUUUUGUUUUAUCUGCACAAUCUCUUAGUUUGAUAUCUCUUAAAGUACAGUUCACAUUUUUGACAUCUUUCCCUUACCUCCCUGUCAUACAGUUGAAAACAUAUUGGAUAUUUCUUCAUUUUGAUAAUUUGUUUUGAUUCAGUUAAUACUAGUGACAAAUACACUGUUGACCUUUUUUAUUGCAUAUCUGCAGGUUGUAUUGUUAUACGCUCAUAGUACAUUUUUGCUAUUACACAUUAACCUGUUAUAAAACUUCAAUAAUAUCUUUGUGAAGGUCUUCUGAUUUGAGAUCUUGACCAUCUCAGUCACUAGUCUUGCAGAAGAAAAAUUAAGAUGUCUCUCUGAGGGAUGGCGACUUAUAGUUAACAUGAAAGUGAUGUUUUUUAAGUUAUUUUGUUUCCUGUGUUUUAAGACAUAAUAAUUAACAACCAUAGUUGCUUACCUGUAAACUUGAGAUGUUUGAUGCUUAAGACUUUUGCACAGUUAUCAAGGGAAUUUUUAUGAUAUUUACUUCCUACUAUGAAAGUGUCAUAUUUAUAAAUUUAAAUUAUAUACACAUAAAGACAUGUUAAAGAUAAAAUUACUAAGAUGUGGUAGAGUGGUAAACAUUAUAUUUGUACUAGGGUUGAUGCAUUUUAUAAAAUUAUCCUGGACAGAUAACACCGCAGCAUUUUGUAUUUAGUUUUCUAAUUAUAUAAUUUAUGAGGUAAAAAAUGCUGCUUGUUUUACACCCUAAAACAAAAGAAGUUUAUUAAAUAUUGAUGUAAGUGUAAGAACAGUUGAAGACACUUCAUUACCUUGCAUGAAAUGUGUCAUCGUGUCUUCAUCUAUGAUUUACGCAAAUGGAUAUAAUGAUUGAGAAACAUGAAUGCUACAUAAAGGUAAUAUUUCCCUCUGUAGAAAUGAACAUCAACUCACUUAACCUUUAAUGCCUAUGCAUUGCAACAUACAGUCCAGUUGUGUUGUGUACUGACAAACUGCUAAACUGCAGAGUUAAAGUCCAGCCAGCAGGCACGUAGUGUGGAAUAAAUUGUCUCUUAUAUGAUUGCAAUGAAAUUUAAUAACAAUGACCCAGUACACAGGUAUUGUUUAUUAGAUCUGACAUUUAUAUUUUUCCGUCUAGAAUUUUGCUUAUAUUAUAUUUUUUUAUUCCAUAGAAGCUGUUAGUGAGCAAAUGCUAGCACUAGAUUUUUGGUAACUUUCAUACCAGCCAAGAAUAUAUGCCAAUGGCAGCAGUGGGUAAAGUUUUGUGUGAACUGAAUGCAACCCUCUAAUAGAGAUUCACUAAUUUUGUGCAAAUAUAUGUAAUAUCCCAUAAAAGGAUGUCAAAAAGUAUAUUGCAUUACUCUAUGCCAAGGACUGCAGAGGAAAUCUCUGUUGCAUAAUAAUAAGUACCCCUUCAGGCCCCGUAUAAAUUAUAGAUUUUCUGUUCAGUUAUCAGUUUAUAACAUACUUUCUGACAUGCACAUUCUGGACAUUCUGUAUUUAUGAAAUACUCUUGCUAUUCUGAGGCUGCAGAAAAAUUCCUGUGGAUGGCAGGGAUAAUUGAGCUUGAGGUUUCUACUCCCUGCCUACUGUUAUGUUUCCCUGCAGCCUGUAUAAGCUUAUUAAAGCUGUAGUCGCAGUUAUCACUUUAAUUAUUUGCGUAAAUAGAAUGACUAGGGGGAUACAAGGGAGUACACCAGAGGAAGUUAGUGUAACAGCUGAAGGAAGAUACAGAGGGGGUCACUCCACAGGAUUUCUUUCUGCGUCCUCAGUACAGAAAAUCAAACUAUAACAAUUUGCAGACAUUGAAAUUGGAAUUCUUUUUUAACAAACCUACUUUACUUUUUAUUUAGUAAGAUUGUAAUGUGUGUUAUAAUAUUUGAGGAAAUAACCACUGAAAUGUUAAGAAAAUGACCUGCAUUUCUGGAUUCUGUAAUAGGAAUAAUGAAUGUAGAGUUCAUUAGUGUGUUAUUUCUGUAUGGUUUGAUGUCUGUUCCUGUUAAGAUACUCUGCAAUGUUGCAAGUGUUUAAGAUGAUAUGACAUAAACAUUUUUGUCUUUCACUAUCUUAUAUUCUCAGGGAAUCUUGUGGUUUGAAUGUGUAAGGUUAGUGGAUGUUUACUUUACUUGAAUUUAACAGCAUAAUAAUUGUUUAAUGUUGUGCUGUUCUCUAUAAUGAUAAGUCAGUUUUCAGUAUAUUGUUCAAUUUUGGCAGUGUUUAAUAUUGUGAAGCUUUAUAUUGCAUUUUUAAUUACAUUUACUGUGUAUAGCAUAGUUGAGAUAAAAUGUAAUUACAGUUAUUGCAGUUACGCAAAAUUGAAUUCAAAAGAGGUAGUUUGUAUGUUCAGACUUUCCACUGGUUGUGAAACACUUCAUAUAUUUGAGACAUCUUUCGUUAUCUUGAAGAUGGAAGAAUGGUCUGCAGUAGCCUCAUAGAAUUUGUUCCAUUGCUCUGACAUUAAAUUUACUUCAGAGAUUAAAUUUGUAUAUUUUAAAGUUGCAUAUCCUUUCUUCUGCAUGCUCUAGUCUUAUGUACAAAUAGCUACCAAUGAAUGGUGCUAUUAUGAUACUGUUAUUUGAUACAGCUAUUUUAAUAGAUCUGAAGUGUAAUAACUGAAUAAAAAUAUAAUAUAUUUGUUCAUACUUACACAUGCUUAUAUAAUAUAAACUUUAUUCAAGUUAUACAUAGUUUUGAAAUUGACAUAGGAAGCACUAACUUACUUAGAAUGGCAUGAAUGUGUGAUAACAUUAUAAAUAUAUAUAAAUUUUGUGUUUAUUUUUAAAACUGUAUGCAAAUAAAUUUUUAUGGUAGGUUA